AUGACGAUGGGAACGGCGCUAUUCCAGGAAACCAACAUCCACCUCGCGCAGUCGUUCUGGUACAUCAUCGCCGGCGUCGUGGGGUUCCUCGGCAUCAUUCGGGGCAUCAACUACCUCGAAGGCCUCAGAAGGUUAAGACGAUGUCGCUCCGAGUCCGUACGGUUCCCGACCCGCCCGUCGAACCGCAUCACCCAGAUAUGGGCCACGGCAACGGCCAUCGUGCGCGAGGCGGGCCACCCGCAGCUCUACAUCCCCAUCAAGGGCCUGCGAUGGGCGACGCCGCCGCCGCUCGGCCGCGUGCUCGUCCUGCUGGCCUACUGGGCCGUCAUCAUCUACAUGAUGGCCGACAACGCCGUUAUCAAGGACGCCUACUUUUGGGAGCGCAUCGGCUUCCGCAACGCCUGGGUGACGGUCAUGCAGAUGCCGCUCGUCUACCUCCUCGCGAUGAAGGUCAACGUCGUCGGCUUCAUCGCCGGCAUCUCGCACGAGCGGCUCAACUGGCUGCACCGCUGGGUCGCGAGGACCAUGUUCGUCACGGCGACGGUGCACGGGUUCCACUUCUGGACCGAGUGGGUGCGCGCCGACUUUGUCGAGACGCAGCUGAGGAUCCUACCGGUGAUCAAGUACGGCCUCGGCGCGUGGGGCAUCCUGAUCUGGACGUUCCUCACCGGCAUGCGCCCGCUCCGCGGCAUGGCGUACGAGCUGUUCGUCGCGCAGCACAUACUCUCGGGCGUCAUCUUCAUCUGGCUCGUGUACGUCCACAUCCCCGAGUACGCGAGGCAGUACCUCUGGUUCACGGUCGCGCUCAUCUGCUUCGACCGCCUCGCGAGGUGGGCGUUCCUCGCCUGGCAGAACACGAGGCUGCGGCCGAACAAGUCGACGUGCAAGGGCAUGAAGCGCGUCGGGCACGAGGUGCAGGUGCAGGCGGUAGGGUCGUCGACGACGGUCUUGACGAUCAAGGACGUGCAUUUCUCCUGGAAGGCCGGACAACACCUGUACCUCUGGCUCCCCCGCGUCGGGCCCUUCGAGGCGCACCCGUACACCAUUGCCUGCGCGCACCAGCUGCCGGAGACGUGCAUCUGCAACAGCAUCCAGCUGGUCAUCCGGGCGCACGGGGGCUUCUCGAAGCGGCUGCACCGGUACGCGCAAAAGGCGCACGCGUCCGGCAACAAGGAGACGCUGACGGGGUUCGUCAUGGGCCCGUACGGGGCGCCGCCGCGGUGGGACAUUUACGAGACCAUGGUGCUCAUCUCGGCGUCGACGGGGGCGUCGUUCACGCUGCCGAUCCUCGAGAGCAUCGUGCAGGGCCGGCGCAAGACGUGCACGACGAGGAUCGAGUUCGUGCUCCUGGCGUGCCAGGGCGAGGAGAUUGAGUUUUACACGCACCGGCUGCGCGAGUCGAUGGACCGGGCGCAGCAGGCCGGCAUCGAGCUGCAGGUGCACAUCGCCAUCACGAGGUCGGGCAAGGCGAGGGAGGGCGAGGCGGCGACGACGGUACUGUACUCGGACCGCGAGGGGGGUUCCGGCACGAGCUCAUCGUCGGUGCAGCAUCGCAGGGCCGUGUCGGAGGGUUCCGUCGACGACGGGGAGUGCUGUCAGGAGAAGGGGGUGCUGGACCUGGAAAAGGGGGACGCGGUGGCCCUGACGCCGCGGCGGCGGAGCGGUUCGACAACGGGCUCGGUGAGGGAGUAUUACUGCCGCCCGGACCUGGAGGAGCUCAUCAGGCAGCCGGUGGAGGCCUCGGGCGGGGAGACGUCGGUUGUGGUAUGCGGAGGGCAGUCGUUGACGAGCUCGGUCAGGAACUGCGUGGCUGCGCUGUCGGACGAGAGGGCCGUUCACAAGGGGACGGGGGCGCAGGGUAUUCAUUUGUUUGUUGAGGAGUAUUCGUUCUAG